AGCUAGCCAGCCAGCUACCACAAGCAAAUAACUAAUUAAACAUUAAUAAUAAUAAUAAUAAUAAUAAUAAAUAAAAAACAGACACAAAGUGUUAAUUAAUUACUUAAUUGAUUAAUUGCUAAGAAUGGGACAGCAUACAUGUUGCAACCAGCAAAAGGUGAGGAGGGGGCUAUGGUCGCCAGAAGAAGAUGAAAAGCUGAUAAGGUACAUAAGUGUUCAUGGCUAUGGCUGCUGGAGUGAAGUUCCUGAGAAAGCUGGCCUUCAGAGGUGUGGCAAGAGUUGCAGGCUCAGGUGGAUUAACUAUCUCAGGCCUGAUAUUAGGAGGGGCAGAUUCUCCCUUGAUGAAGAAAAGUUGAUCAUUAACCUUCAUGCCCUUGUUGGUAACAGAUGGGCACACAUUGCAAGUCAUUUGCCAGGGAGAACAGACAACGAGAUAAAGAACUAUUGGAAUUCGUGGAUAAAGAAGAAGCUAAAAAAGGCUCCAACGGCUUCAUUAUCGCCAACGCCUCAAGCAAACGAAACCCCUCAUGUAAUGGAGCGACCUCUUCCUGAGCCACAACUUCCUUUCAAUAAUGCAAACCAAGUAAACUAUUUCUUGAGUGACCAAAAAGACUAUUUUGUCACAAAGCCACAUCCUGUAUACGCAUUUCCCACUAGCAACGAUAGUAGUAGGGAGGAUAACCCUCAAUUUUCAUUCGACGUAUAUAAUAAUAAUAAUAAUAAUAAUAAUACCUCAUCAACCGAAGUGGUUUACACGAGGGACUAUAUGACUAACAAUAAUCAAGUCGAAGAUCACUCGUUUCAAGAUUCAAUGCCAGCAUUAUGGGAGCAAGAAGAGCUUCCCCCUUUCAAUAUUGAUUCUAAUAAUCUACCGUUGUUAGUAGUGGAUGAUAUGGUGGUGGCACGUGAGAAAUUCUUAAGUGGUUGGGGAGUCGAUGCACAAGCACAACAAUGCCAUGAUAGCUUCCUGAUCUGGGAUCAGAGAAGCACGAAUAAUGAUGAAGAAGAACUCAUCGCACCAACGGUUUCAUCUUCAAACAUUGGAGCCAUGAUGUUAUCGUCAUAUUUCCCAUCAUCAUUGUGAUUAUCGAUUGAUUGAUUAGAGAAAUAUACCCUUAAACUGCUACUUAUUGUUUUUAUUUUUGUCUUGAUCCGAAAACUCAAGUGGAUUAAUGUGAUUGGGAUUGCGAGAGUGCUACGAGAAGUGUUUUAAAAUAAGCACGAAAGAAAUAGUACAUAUUGUC